UUUUUCAGACUAAUUUAUCAUGGCUCGCUCAAUGAAAAGUGUGCCUUUGAAAGGAACGACAGAGCUGGACUUUGUCAAGUUGCUCAAAAGUCACAUUAAGAGUGCGGGAUCGAACGAGGAAGAUGCGAAUAAUGCUCUGGCUACUUUGACUAAGAGCAGAAACAUAGGAGUGCUUGUUCCGCCUGACAGAACUGAGGUCGGACUGAAUAUGCUGCAAAGGUAUUACGAUCAGUUCUGCUCAAUGGAAAAACGGUUUCCUAUAACAGACACGAAUGAAAUACGCGUGUCUUUUUGUUGGAAGGACUCGUUCGGAAAAGGUGUUUUCGGAUCAAAAAAGUCUAUUUCGAGCAGUGGUUAUGAGAAAGCAGCAGUUCUGUACAACACUGCAGCCUUUAUGACUCAGAUCGCAACUGGAAUCCGAUCCAAUGAUGACGCCUCAAUGCAAACCGCGACUAAAUAUUUUCAGCAAGCAGCGGGCAUCUUUGAGUUCCUUCGGGACAAUGCGGUAUCUAUGGUUGGCCAAGUGAGCACGAAUGAUCUGAGUGCAGAGUUCCUGAGUUUCCUGGUGGCCCUAUGUCAGGCACAGGCCCAGGAGUGUAUCUGGAUCAAGGCCUACUCGAGUGGUAAGAUGAAGCCCAAAGUGCUCUCCCAGGUGACGGCUGCCCUGGCCGAAAUGUACGAAACGGCUCACGCCAAGGCAGACACUCAAAGGACUGUGACCGCAGUGCUCAAGGACGAUUUCAACUGGCUGCCAGACAUUCUAGUGAAGAUCGAGCACUACAAGAGUCUGUCUCACUACUACUUGGGCAAGGAGCUGAAAAGGGUGCGGGACUCUCCAGGGGCAGAGUGCAAGUAUGGGGAGGAGAUAGCCAGAUAUCAGUUGGCCGAUUCCUUCCUGAAAUACAAAACAUCGAUGGAGCUUCUUCCCAACAAUAUCAAAACCGAAUUGAAAUCAGAGCUGAACGUAGCUAUAAAGGACAACAAUCUCAUCUAUCAUGAGCCCAUUCCCGACACAAAGACCCUUUCAUCGCCCGAGAAGACGAUUCUCGCCAAGCCGACAGCCUUCGAUGCAACCAAAACGCUUUCGAAAGAACCCAAAGAUUUGUUCGGCUCAAUUACACCUUUGGCAGUUGCGAGUGCACUGGAGUUCUUCAAGCAGAAAAAGACCGAGCUUGUUUCGGUCGAAGUUGCGAGGUUGAGAGAAGCGAAUGAUACUUUGAAUGGAGUCCUGGCUUCGCUGAAUUUACCUGCAGCGCUGGAGGAGACUCGCAGUGGUGAGUUACCUGCGUCUCUUUGGGAAAAGGCUUUGAAGCUACAGAAUCAAGGAGGAAUUGAAUACGUCGCCAGGUUCAUCACCGACCUUCCUGAAAUGCUCGAUCGCAACAAACAACUCUUGGACGAGAGCAUCCGACUUUUACGCGAGGAGCGGGAGCAGGACGAGAAACUUCGCAACCAGUACAAGCAAAAGUGGAAUAGGACUUCUAGUGACCAGCUCACUAAGCAGUUGACGGAGGACCAGACUAAGUACAGCUCCCUGCUGCAGAGGUCUCGCGAGGCAGAUGCCAAAGUGAAGACACAGUUCGAACAGACCUUGGACUAUAUGCGUAUACUCUCACUGCCUAAAGCGGAGAUUGAGGGCAAGUUGCCGACCGCGCAAAAUACUGACGCUACAAAGUCCGCUGAGGCACAACAGUUGAGGGAAUUAAUGAAGGAGGUGGACUCGGUGAAGGUGCAGAGGUCUAGAAUAGAGGAGAAACUGCAGGCUAACUCCAGUCCAGACACCAUCAAAGCUAAAUUUUUAUCUGAAAUGACCGCUGAAGGCACUGUCAAUGCACCGGCAGUCACUGAGACUGUUCUAAACGAGAUGUUCGGAGACGCAAGGACUGACUUGGGCGAGACAUUUUUGAAACAGGAGAAAGUUUUAGAACAAAUCCAGACUGUUCACUGCAAGUUCUCUCAGUUGAGCUCCGGCAACAACGAAGUGAGAGACGAGUUCCUGAAGAAACUAGCACAGGCUUAUGAUGCGUUUGAGACCCUGGUUAAUCAUCUGCGAGAAGGACAGAAGUUCUAUGGAGACUUGACGGAGAUCCUGCUCACACAUCAGAGUAAAGUGAACGACUUCGUGUUCGCGCGCAGCACAGAAAAAGAAGAUCUCCUCAAGGACAUCACUUCGAAUGCCACUAAAACUGCAGGUCAGCCGGAUGCUCCCUCCUACCACUCCAACAUCCCCGCUGCCUCAGGUUCCACCACCGGCUCCGCUUCAAGUAAUUCUGCGCCCACCCAAUCCACGGCAGCCCCAUCGGCACCUGGCCAGACCCCUUUCGCGCCCAAUGUGCAGCAGCCGCUAUACUCUAACCCUACCCCCAUGCCCAGUUACAACCCCUACAUGCCCAUGACGCACCAGAUGCCCUAUGGUAACCCAUAUGCGGGUGGUUAUCCCCAGCCAGUUUAUGGAGGUCAAAUGCCCCCUCAACAUGGACAGAUGCCCCAAGGAGGGGGGUAUCCUUACCCACAGCAACCAAUGAUGCCUACUGCGCCCUACGGUCAACACAACCCCUACCAACCCAACAUGUACAACCCUUACGGACAAGCUCCGCAGGCUCCUGGAAUGAACCAGUGGCCUGCCGGAUAUCCACAACAGCAGCAGCCCCAACAGUAAAGAACUCUGAGAUGAAUUGUAGUUAUAUGUAUAGUUUCGAUCUUCCCCAGUCAUUCAUCCAUUCAUGGACUUUUAUCAGUGCUAAAACCUUGAAAUUUUUAAAUAGUCUUUCUUUUUCUUCCCGCGCCUACUUUAGAGUAAAUACCCAAGUUCUUUUAUCGGAAAAUGCAGCUCCAUAAAAUCUCACGUUCAUUAUUGCUUUAAACCAAACAAUAAUUUGUUUUCCAGCGGGAGGAAAUGUAAGGAGCCUUGUAUGUUGCUAAAUGCGAUUGUUGAUAAUUUGACGAGAAAUGCUUUUUUCAGUUUUUCCAUAUGCUUUAAAUACAAAGUUCUCUGUUUAAGCUUAGAAUAACCAGAUUUACUUGCGAAAUAAAUAGCUUUAAAUCGAAAUAUCUUAAAUCUUGGAAAUAUUGUUCUCGGUGAUAUUGCUAAAAAUGCAAUUGAAAAUCUUGGCUAUAUAGGAAAUGAAAUUAACAGCUCGACCUUCAGCCAAUUUUGAGUCAAGUAAUUUGUGGCAAUCCCAGUUUCCAUGCGAAAGAAAAUAAAAAAAUGUUGCAAAGCUCUCGUUCUUUUUUUGGGGAUCGGAUUAUGCUGAACGGGUACAAGAUUGUUUAGCGGACGUAACAGCCCUCCUUUUCACAACGGGUGAAAGUUUAACCACAACAAUUUUUGAGGCAAGAUGAGAAGAGAACCUCAAAUUAGGGUCUGUCCAUUUACCCCACAUGUAGUCGUGUUACCUUGUUGAAGUACGGAUUUCACGAAGUAGAAAAACGUCAAUUUUUGCGUCUCAGAAAGGCGUAUUUCGCUAGUAAUAAUGGCCGAAUCAUUCCUGAUAGGCUUGUAGUUGUGGCAGAUUUAAUUAUUUGAGACGAAGAUGGUUGAAGCAGGUAAAUGGAAUCGAAUUUAUUGCUGUGAAAUUAUAUCUCUGCCUGAUCAAGUUUCACUGAAUUGCUAUUGAUAUUUUUGCGUUGAAUAUUAAAUAUCGAUUGGUCUAUUUGUGCAUAAUGAUACUAACUCGAAAAUUUCUAAAAGUAAAAUGUGAAUAAAUUUGGUUCUGAAGCAACCAAAAUUGCUGAGUGUAUAAUAUAUCCGUGACAGUUCAUUUUAGAAUCGAAUUGAAUAAAAAGAUUAUUAAUGCCUUUGAAUUAUUGAGAUUUCAACGUGGAGCUAACUAAUCGGGCAGUUUCAGAGAAAGUACUCAGUCUGUUCGUCAUGCUAUCUAGUUUCGACCUAUUUAUAUAAACAUUGCAUAGCCUCACCUUAAUUUCUUUCGAUAAACUUGAUAAAACACCAUAGUUAACUUUGAAAAUAAUAAAUUAUUUUUCUGCAAAAACUCUCAAUCAAAGCUCAUCAUUGUGAUUAAGUGAGGGAGACUUGUCACCUCGCGGAAUUCUCGAAUGACGAAAGAUCCGUCCGAGAUAGUGGAAAGUAAACAGUCGUAAGCUAACAUCAUAGAUCACUAAAAAUGUACGCGGGACAUCUUGGGUGUUUUCUAGAGUUCGGUUAAAAUUGAAUUAUUUUGUUUAA